ACAAUUUGAAGAUGAAUCAAUUUGAAGCUGAGACCGGAAACGGAUGAUUCAAACAAGUCGACAAUGGCGAAGGAAGGAUGAGAUGGGAUGGGAAGGAACUGUAAUUACGAAAGCAACUCCAGGGCCUUCACCAUUUUCAAAUGAAUUUUUUUUUUUAAGAAUAUCCUGUGACUUAAGCCUUUGAGCCUUACCAUGGUAGAGAAGGGAGCAGUAUGGGCAAUAUUUCUUCAGUGAAGUCCAAAUCUGAACCCAAACAAUUCAAUGAUUUCCUGCACCAUCUUGUCAAAUUCUGCCAAGAGAAAGACCUCAAAAGCUUCGGUGAAUAUGCAUCACUAGAAAUUACACUGGUAAGCAAGCAAGAAGCACCCGACAGUGAAGUCUACCAGGAUGAUGCCAGAAGCUUUAUAAAGGGAGCCAGAAGCCGAGCAAGGAUUGUGAGAAUUGGCCUGGUGGCCUCUAGUUUGAAGUGGGCACGAGAAAUUCACUCAGAUAUUUUGAUGAUAUAUUCUCUGCUCCUGUCUUUGAUAUGUAUAGAUUUCAACAGGAAUCACGCCAAACAAUGGAUUUAAAACUUGUCCAUUCUGAAAAGUUGAAUAGAUUUUUCAAGCUUAAUCUUUCAAGUGGCAUUGAAAGAAAAGUUGAUGUUAAUGUAAAAUGAUGUUUCAAUGAAUUAUUAGUCGGUAAGUUGUUCAACCAAUUUCGGACGUUGGAUCUCAACUUCUUUCAAAGAGUCUCUGUUUUAAUUCUUGGAGGGUGUAGACUUGCAGUACUACGUAAAUUGUGUGAUGCAGUAUGGAAGAAAUGCUUCAUUUUUUACUACUCA